AUGCCAUAUCCCCCCGAAGUUGGAUUGUUUGAUUUUCUCAAUGUUCCUCAUCUUCCAAUAGAUUAUUUCACAAUAAAUGAUUCUCGUGAUGGCUUGUUUCUUUGCAGUGGCUGUGAAUCCCCGAGGAGGUUUUACGUUUGCAAUCCCAUCACUAAGCAGUUCAAGAUUAUUUAUGUCCCUUAUGAUGAAUAUGAUGCUGCUGGUGCUGUUGAUGUGAGUGUUAGUUUGGCCUUUGAUGGCUGUGAAUUUGAUGUUCCCGAAAUGACAUCUGAUUAUUCAGGAUGGUCUUUAAGGUAUCAUGUGAAUCUUCAAUCAAUGAGACAGGUCUUUCCGGAACUCACAGAUACGCAUUUUGGAUUUAGUGUAGUGACAAUGAUUAAAGAUGGAAUAGAGGAAGAGGAGUUGAUGGCUGUGAUAGUUGUGGAUCAUAAAGACAUACCCUAUAGAGCCAUAUCCUAUGAUCUUCAUGAUGGGAUAGCAACCAAGAUUUGUGAUUUGCAGCCUACACGUUGGAAUCGACGAAUGAAAAUAUCAAAACAAAACUUGGUGGGUAACAGGAAACCAAUUCACAGUCUUAAUUGCCUGUUACUACCACCUCCGAUCCUAACCAUUACACCUAGCUACAUGUGUAUCUACAAGUAA